UUAUAAAAACAGCUGUUGUGAUAACAUAGAACUGUCAAAAUGUUGUCAACAGCUUGACCACUUGUAUAAUUUUGUUUAUUUCGUUUCAAUGCCUCAAACCUCUGACCCGCCGCCACCACCCCCACUACCAUCAGGUAUUAACCCUGCUGCACCAGUAGAGGCAACCAAAGAUCCCCCAGCUGUGAUUAAUAUAUCAGGGGACGAAUGUGGCUGGGCCUGGGAAUAUCCAGAGCUGCAGAAAGGAUGCUACCUCAACCGUGUGUGCCAAUAUACCCCACCAAAGCAGUGUCAAUACUAUUCCGUGCCCAGUAUACUACAAGUCGGACCCACAUGUGGCUUGACUGCCUUGAGUAUGCUGCUCAAUGGACACCCCAGCGCAGCAGAGAUCCUAGAAGAUGCCAUUGCACAGGAGUACACAAUCAAUGGUGAAAUGUUCAGUGCUCAAUAUUUAUACGAAUUGACGCGCAAACAUCUCGACGGACACGGACCUGGUGCCUGUCAAUUGCACGAGGGUCGCCUCUGCUGCAGCAAGGUCAAAGAGCUUCUUCAAGCUGGUGGUUGCUUGCUUGUGCCUUACGAUGCUGAUGUCAAUCAUGCGCCUUGCUUAAAGACUGGACACCGUGCCCAUUGGGCACUCAUUGUGGGCUACCUAGUGGAUGCACACGAUAAGUUUUAUGUAUUGGCACGUCAUGGAAAGACUCGCAAUUUGGCUGUCUGGUCCCUGGACGAUCUGAGCGAAAGCAACGCCAAUCUGCGGGAGUUUGCCCAACCCAAGGGCUAUCCGGACCUAGAGUUCAUACAGCCACCAGGCGGCCUGGCGGGCUCUCUGGGUCUCAAGAAGCGCGCCAUCCUAAUCAACGGCCUGCCACAGCAGAUUCUACAUGUGCGAUGAUAAUGUUUGACCGAUUACCAUCCCUUUAAAUAAAGACUCGAAUUCGUGUUGUAUUUAACUUUAAUACAUAUAUUUAAUAGUACAUUUAUAAAUUACACGCCUUACAAUAUUUUCACUUCGCAAA